AUGUCUGGGCUCGAGGUUCUCGGGGUCGUCGCCAGCAUACUCCAGAUCGCGGACGUUGGUGCUAAAUUAUCAGUCAAACUCUGUACAUUUUACCGGACUGUGAAGGUCGCAAACCAAUCUAUGCAAGAUCUUUCCUGCGACGUGUCACUCACCUGCAGCAUUCUCAGCGAGCUCGCUAAAGCCCUCGAACAAGACGACCAGGCGAAGCUUUGCUCGGAGCAGGCCUUUUGCAUUGCACAAGAAGUCUUACAGGAAUGCAAAGCAGUCUUCCAACAAAUUGAAAACGCAAUCGAAAAACAUAAUCAAGAUGGUGAAAAGAAUUGCUUUACUCGUGGGGCCCGAAAAGUAACCGUUGCACUCCUCGGUCCGAACUUGGAUGUCCUUAAGAGCAAUUUGGAGAGGCUCAAGUCAACCACGUUGCUGAUGUUACAUGUUAUUAUGUACGCCGGGGAACUUCGCAAGAGGAAAGUAAAAUCUACUCUUAUCGAACAAAGGAAUGUAAUUCACACACUUCUCGAAGAGAAGAAGGUGAACACUUCCAAAUUCGAUCAGCUCAGCAGCUCUAUCCAAACAUUUAGUAUCUGUGAUGUUGAUGGGUCUCGUCAGGAGUCAUCAAGAAGCUUGGACACUGAAAAACAGCUGCCCCCUCUUUCAAUGGAACUAAGGAAGUAUCACACACUCGUCCAAAAGCUACUCUAUGAGAUCGACGCAUGCAAGUAUAGCCUGGAAGAGAGCCGACAUCUCAGAAUCCGGAAUGGUGUUGUGAAUGUACAUACAACAGAGGCUGUUCUAUUCCAACAUACCCAUGGUCAUGCAGCGACCCAAAUUUUUGAUGACCCGUUCUUCAAAUUCAGGGACGCUUGUUUCCCUGCACCUGUCACCACUCGAGAACAAUCGUUACCUACUCGUGAAGCCCGAGAUGCUUAUUCCAGGCCUCGCGAAUCUGAUUACAAUGUCGUUCGCCAUUCUGACGCCGAAGAGGACCCGGACUACUACCAUCGACACCGUCGAGUCCGCGAAUACGACCGCCCUUCCCGGCGUAAGCUGGACCCUGGUGGUUCCAUCUCCCAGGCCAGUCGUCGUGGCGGCAAUCAGGACCAGGAUUAUAGCAGCGAUGACAGUAUGGCCUACAUCCGGAAGGAAACCCGCCACUGUGAAGACCAUCCUCAUCACCGCCGUUAUAUGGCGGAGGGUGCAUUGGCAGAUAUAGGUGCGACCGAAUUUCUCCGCAGCCGCAGUAAGAAAGAUGGCGAAGUCAGCCACGGGGCCAGCCGCAUUAGUAAGACUAUUGGUGCAGGCGCUAUCGGUGCAUGGGCUGUCAAUCCUGCGUCGCACGCCCGCGACUAUUACCGCCGCAGUCAGAGCCAUCGCCGUUCUUAUUCCUUCGAAUCUGAUCACUCUUUACACCGCCACAGCCGGCAUGGCCGUGGUCCGAGCCGGAGCCGUAGCCGCUCUCACUCUCACUCGCGUGCGAAGACUCUCCUCGAGCUGGGUGUCGGCGCCCCGGCCAUAGCUGCUGGUUUGGCUGCGUUACGCAGCAAGUCAAAUGCUGGAGACCGCAAGAGCCGGCCUCGCACUCGCUCCCGUUCUCGGGCUUUCAGCUGGGUUCGCUCGGAGAAGGAUGGAGAAAAGGAUGACUCGGCUCGCAGCAUGUCUGAGCGCCGCAAGCAUAUGGCUGGCGCCGGAUUGGCCGGUGCGGCCAUUGCUGGCCUGGAUGAAAAGGUCCACAGCCGCUCACGUUCUCGGAAGGGUGAACGGUCUCGCUCCAGAAGUCGAGUCAAACAGGCUCUUCCAAUCGUUGGUGCCGGACUUGCUACUGCUGCUGCCACAGGCCUCUACGAGAAUAGGAAAAGCCAGAAAUAUGGGAAGGACGGUAUAAGCCGCAGAAAACACCGCUCAAGGUCUCGCAGCCGCGCUCCAUCACAGUUUUACCCCGACCCAUCCCGCGACCCAGCCGGCCUGAUCGAAUACGGGAACGACCCCGUCACAGGUAGCAUUCCCGCUGAGCACUACUACGGGCAGCCCGUCAGCCAUGGCGUGCCCUAUACCGUAUCCAACACCUGCGGCAGACGCUCAACCCGCAACCGCAGUCGCAGUCGCAGCCGCGGAGGAGGCCGCUACAGCAGCCCAUCGGGCUCAGAUCGUGAAGACCGCAGCCGCCCACGAGAGAUCACCUCAGCUCUCGGCGCCACAGGCCUAGGCUAUGCCGCACACAAAUACUCCCAACACAAAGAUCGCAGAAGGUCUGAGGAGCGCGAACUGUUCAGGAAAAAGGAGGAAAAAGAAGAAGUGAGCCGCAAGCGGUUCCGCUCUUGCUCUGAUGACGACGAUGCGCCCCGUGGCCGCACUCGCACUCGUUAUAAUCGAGAUUUGAUCAGUCAUGCAGUAUCUGAUGUAGGGGAGACUGCAAGAGGAGAUGGACAAUCGGAAGAAGAAGGUUCGAGACAUAAGUGUCGUCGAAUGAAGUCUCCUUACCGUGAAUUGGAAAAAAGCACAGAAUAUGACAAGGUCAACCUAGGCGCCACCCUGACGCCCAAGACUGCAAAGGAAGACAUAUCACUGCCCUCGGCUAUUAACAGGGAAAUGGAGGAUACAUUGGAAGGUUUAGUUUUACAAUGGACAAAUUUGACACGAGAAGAGAUACAGAUUGAAUAG